UGUCUGCCUUUAUCUAUGGUUUUUAUGUUUCAUCAUUUACAUUAUGGAAUGUUUCAAGAUUUUAUAUAUUUGCACUUAAACAUGAAUGUAGCAUAGCUUGCUCUAUAUAUAUAUAUUUGUCUAAUAAAACUUCGGAAAAUGAAAUGGUGAAACAGCAAUUGGAUUUGGAGUGAAUGAUGCAACUGGAAGAGAAAAAUUGAUAUUAUAGAAUCACUGCAGUAAAAACAAGAAAGGCAUGGAGGAGUACACGCGCGAGCCGUGUCCCUGGCGCAUCGUGGACGACUGCGGGGGGGCCUUCACCAUGGGCUGCAUCGGCGGGGCCAUCUUCCAGAGCAUCAAGGGGUUCCGCAACGCUCCGAGCGGCGUGGGCCGGCGCCUGCUGGGCAGCCUGGCGGCCGUGAAGCAGCGCUCGCCUGUCAUCGCGGGCAACUUCGCCGUGUGGGGGGGCAUGUUCUCCACCAUCGACUGCACCCUGGUGCACCUGCGGCACAAGGAGGACCCCUGGAACGGCAUCAUCAGCGGGGCGGCGACGGGCGGGAUCCUGGCCGCGCGCAACGGGCUGCCGGCGAUGGCGGGCAGCGCGCUCAUCGGGGGCGUGCUGCUGGCGCUGAUCGAGGGCGUGGGCAUCCUGUUCACGCGCCUGUCUGCGGAGCAGUUCAAGCAGGUGAACCCCGUGCUGGAGGACCCGGCGCAGCUGGGCGCGGCGCAGCACGGCGCCUACUAGCGCCGCCACACUUCUCAUAGAUCACCAUCCGUUCAGUUGUUCAUCACGCCCGUUUUUGUUGCACUUUCAUUUUUGUAUAAUAGUUCGAAAAAUGUAAUAAAUGUGUUUAGUCGUGUAUACCUUUCAAA